AGAGGAAAUUUGCCUGGGGAGGAAUGCGAAAGAGGGUUUAAGGAUUGGCACUGCCACGAGGAAAACGAGGAGGUGCGACAUUUUCUAGGUUACGCGGAGAUCCGUUUUUUCUUCCUUUCAAAGGUGUUCGCCUCCCGACCCACCGCCCACCACGGCCCUCACCUGUGUGUUGCGGUGCUUCCCCUGUGAGCCGACCUGGGCUGGCAGUCCCUUCUUGCACCGCCCGCCAACUCCGCCCAUGGUCAGAAUGACGCGCUCCAAGACCUUCCAGGCAUACCUGCCGAGCUGCCACCGAACCUACAGCUGCAUCCACUGCCGAGCUCACCUGGCCAACCACGACGAGCUCAUCUCCAAGUCGUUCCAGGGCAGCCAGGGCAGAGCCUACCUGUUCAACUCAGUGGUGAACGUUGGGUGUGGCCCUGCAGAGGAAAGAGUUCUGCUGACAGGCCUGCAUGCUGUGGCAGACAUCUACUGUGAGAACUGCAAGACGACCUUGGGCUGGAAAUAUGAACAUGCUUUUGAGAGCAGUCAGAAGUACAAAGAGGGCAAGUUCAUCAUCGAGCUGGCUCACAUGAUCAAGGACAACGGCUGGGACUGAGGGGCGAGCAGCCGGGUGACAACCACAGCGGAGGAGGGAAAAGGGAGGGACUGGGUGGAGGGAUGGGAGGGCGGGAGGGGGGAGUUGUGUGUGGUGGGUGAGUGUGUGACUUUGGUUUGGCUGAUUUACCAUUAACCUCUGUAACUUACUGCCCAUCCCUCCCUACUACACCUCUUGAUGUACACACACAAAAACACACACACCCACAUCAAGGUCCCAGACAUCCCAGUUUGACAGAGAGACAGACCAGGCAGGCUUGUACGCAGCUAGCAGGACUAGGUGACUGGCCAGCAGCAGUAGAGGACGAAGAUGUCUUGUUUUUGUGUUUGUUUUUUUGUUUUUUUAAAACCUAAAACAUGAUUCGAUUGCUCUCAGAUUGGUGGCAACACUCCUGCUGGGAGACAUCCUCAUCGUGUGAGGUGUUCAACCUCGUCUAAUAAUGUUCAAACCAGUUGGUAACGCGUUAUUCGGUGGAAACUUAUCCAGAAGGAGAGCGGUUGGCCCAGCCAGGCGGGGUUCAUUGGCCUUGGUUGGAGAGCUGACGGGCAUUCACUCUGCCCCCAGCGUGAAUGAGAUGACCUAAGAUGAUUAUAGCAAAUCCAGCUGAUUGGGGCCAUGCCAGCUGGGCUAGUGAUGAGGCCUGGCGCUGAGGCUUGGCACGGAGGCCCAAGCGCAUGGGCGGGGAUUGCCACCCACCAGACCGCUCACUCAAAAUGGUGGGGAGGGGAGGAUCCUGAUCCAGUUAUGUAGUGGCUCUGAUGGCCUCUGGCAGGGAUCCGCUCCAUGUCUUGCCAGUGAUGCAGCUCAGGACGGGCAGGGUGGGCCCGAGAAUGAAAGAGAUACAGAUGGACAGCCACCAGCUUGUCCUAAAACCCUCACAGGAAUUUGCCCUCGCAGCAGCGAAGCAGCUCCCCUUGGGUUUUAUUCAUCCUUCGAUACACCGAGUGGUGUAAAGCGAUCUGCUGAUCCUCACUGUGUUUGUCUGGUGUCGGUGGAUGUGUCGCUGCGUCCACCUUUGUUACUUGGCCGGAUAGAAUUACAAAAUAUAAGCAUGUCUCAGGUCAUCGUCUUUGGCUGGGAUUCCCAAAGGUUGGCGAGCACUGUGAGCAUCUUUCUGCUGUUGUAGGGCGACGAGCAAAGGUGACGAGGCUCUGCAGGCUUUGUUAGGAGGGCAGCUAGUGAAGGGUCAGACAGAAACAGCCCCUGCUAUCAUACUAACAGUUUGAUUCGAAAGUGGCCAAUGCAUGACUGGUUUCAUGGGCCGAGUGAAAACGCUGAUAGGAAAAACACGUUCAUUAAAAAGUAAGUUAUUACUUAAAAUGAAGUGAACAGUAACUGUACUGAUACUGUAGAUCUAUACAUACAAUCUAUCACUUAGGCUCUCUUUCAGUCUGGGAUGACUGCUGUUUAACUGCUGUUACCCUGAUCUUUACUAACUGGCCCUUACAAAACCUACUGGGCAACAUUAUGAAGCAAUGUACUAGAUUGCUAGGCUCAUUUUUUUCUUUUGUUCCUUAAUGCGCCAACAAAUGAUCUACUUAGGUUUUUCCCAGCUUACUAAAUAGUCCUCAUGGGCACCUUGUUAGCAUUUGAGGUAACAUUACUGGGAAGCAUUGCUCAGGUACACUGAUGCUAACUUUUCUUUGCUAAGGCCAGGAUCCAACUCAACCUGCAGGAUGUGUUGUUCUCUGAUGGAAAUGUAUCGUUUUCAAAUGAGAGAAUCUGUUACAGCUGAAUCCAUCCCAUGCAAAUGCAACAUUAAUGCAUGCAUGAUAUAAAACGAGUUCUCUGACUAGUCCCAUGUUAGGUCCUCAUCACGUUUUUGUGAACAGAACAUUGUGUGUGUAUUAGAGUUGCAACGAAACCUUGUGCUGUAAUACAACAUCAAAUCAUCCAAGUCCAUCGGAGCCGUUAGAUCCUUUCGCAGUCGCACAGAAGCAUUAAAUGUGAUCCUGGUUUAGAAAAGUAAAACUUAGUUGCUCCGUUUGACACACGCACAUAGUUUUCUGCAAACAUUGCUCUAGAAGUUGCCCUGUACACGGUGAGCCCUGUCCGGUUACAACCAAACCUGAACAGUUAACUCUCUUCAGUAACUCAGCAGCUGACUGCUCAGUCGGAGGCUGUGACGUUUAAACCCAGCACAACCAAAGAACCCACCCAUCGACAAUAAAUUGACCAAACAAAAGAUUUCAUUUUGCUUGGGCAAAGUGUUGCAAAACAAGGGGGUGUGUGCAUAGCUGAAAGCCAAGGUUAUGGAUAGCCUUUCUCUGUGAUAUAUAUAAUGCAUUAUGAUUUUGUAAACAACAGAUCUUAAUAUAUGAAUAUAUUCUAUUUACUGUAUUCAUCACGAGGAUUACCAUUCAUGUCAACCUCUGUGUUACAGACUGUAAAUAGUGUUAAUGUAUUGUGUUUUAUCUAUGAUCCAUACGAUGAUGAAUGAAUAUGAUUUAGGUCAUGUCAUGCUUUCUCUCUGGUACCCCACAUUGGCUGUACGAUACUACUUUUUUACUGAAAAUGUUUCAAUUUUAAUGUCUUUUGUAAAGGAGGAUGCUGAUGUUGACUAUAUAUCAUUGGAUCUUCAUCUAAUAAAAUGCAACUUGAUAUCUGUAUGGAA